AGAGACAGAAAAUUCAAGAGAGAGAAAGAGAAAAAAUCGUUGCCUUUACAAGAUAAAACAGAAGAGAGAGAGGAAAUUAGAAAGUGAGAGAAAAUCGGAGAGAAAGUGUGAGAAAAUUCACGGAUAUAGCGACAGAACUGUCACUGUUUCAUCUUCUCUUCACUACUCUACGGAGGAAACCCUAGGAAUUAUCUUUAAUCUUCUCUGGUUCAAUUCCUUUACAGUUUGAGCUUCUUGGAAGCCCUGAUUUCACUUCUUGAGUUUACACUUUAUUCCGUUAUGGCCUCAGUGACGACUAAUUGGUCUCCAAGCUCGUUCCAGCUCCGUUUCUCCUUCCAAUGCAGAAGAUCUCCUGCGGUUUUUGUACGGACGCACGUUCGCAAGCUUGAUCGUCAGGUUCGCGUGUUGUCCAUUGCCGGCGAUGGGAAUGGAGUGGGGCGACAUCGUGAUGGGAAUUCGUGGAUCAGUUCGGAAUCCAAGGGUGAUGAUUUGUCGGGAUGGUCCGGUUCAGAUGGUUCUGAACAAUACGGUAAAUCGCAGAAGAAACGAUGGCCCGGAGGAAUGGUUGGAGCAGGAGUAGCUGGAGUUGUUCUUGUUGCUGGUCUUUCCUUUGCGGCCUUUUCUUUGAGCAAGCAGAAUCCUUCCAGACCAGAAAAACAGAUGGAGGCCAUGACAAUACAGAUGGAACAAGGAAUCCUGAAAGAAGAUUAUAGUCUAGAGAGUAAGACAGGUACUGAUGCCAUGCCUACUCCUUCCAUUCAAGAAGAUAUGUCAGGUGAAUCACCUUUUGAUGACACUCUAGUUGCUGGAGAUUCAAUGUCAAGCUCGCCUGGUUUUUGUGAAUCUGAUAUUGUUAUUGAUCCUAUUGAUACCCUUAGCUUUAAUUACUCAGAUGCCAGCCUUGCUGUGGGUUCAUCAGAAUCUUCUCAACUUGAAGAGAAUGGGGAUGCUCUUAAACUGGUUAACUCGUCAAUCCAUGAUGCUGAUACCACAAAUCUUAAUUCUGAUGACCAAGGGGGACUGCUUGGGUCAAAGGGUACAGAAAAUUCCAACUUCUCACUAGAGUCAUCUUCCAGUUCUUUUCCCAGGACUGUGGAUGAAGAUCAUUAUGUGCACUCUGACAAGAUGCUAAAUGAGUGGAAGAGCAUACCAAAUAAAUCAUUUGUGGAUGCAAAUGGGACUCAACACCCUGUUUCAGAGAAGGAAUAUCUUGACCUGGACGAGCUGCAGAAGGACAUACCAAAUGAAUCAUAUGUGAAACCGCGUGAUCUAAAUGCAAGUGGGAUUCAAGACCCUGUUUCAGAUGGGGAAUAUCUUGACCUGGACGAGCUGCAGAAGGACAUAACAAAUAAAUCAUAUGUGAAACUGCGUGAUCUAAAUGCAAGUGGGAUUCAAGAUCCUGUUUCAGAUAGGGAACAUCUUGACCUGGAAGAGCUGCAGGACAUACCAAAUAAAUCAUAUGAGAAACUGCAUGAUCUAAAUGCAGAUAAGGAAUAUCUUGACAUGGAAGAGCUGGAGAAGGACAUACCAAAUAAAUCAUAUGUGAAACUGUGUGAUCUAAAUGCAAGUGGGAUUCAACACUCUGCUCCAGAUGGGGAAUAUCUUGACCUGGACGAGCUGCAGAAGGACAUACCAAAUAAAUCAUAUGUGAAACUGCAUGAUUUAAACGCAGAUAGGGAAUAUCUUGACCUGGAAGAGCUGGAGAAGGACAUACCAAAUAAAUCAUAUGUGAAACUGCAUGAUCUAAAUGCUAGUGGGUCAACAUCUUCUACAUCAGCAUUACCCUAUCCAUUUGAUUAUGACCAGGAUGUAAAUCUUCAAAAUAAGAUCCAAAGAAACAGAUCAUUUUUGGAAUCACCAAUAGCUGAGAAUUCUUUCUCCUCUGCUGGUAUACCUGCUCCAUCUGCAGUUUCUGAAAGUCUGAAGGUGCUUCCUGGACAGGUUGUUAUUCCUGCAGUUGUUGAUCAAGUCCAGGGACAGGCGCUAGCAGCAUUGCAGGUUUUAAAGGUCAUCGAACCUGAUGUUCAACCUAGCGAUCUAUGUACACGUCGUGAGUUUGCUCGUUGGUUGGUUUCUGCAAGUAGUGUUCUUUCAAGGAAUACAGUUUCAAAGGUAUAUCCAGCUAUGUACAUAGGAAAUAUUACUGAACUCGCAUUUGAUGAUAUUACACCUGAAGACCCUGAUUUUUCAUCCAUUCAAGGCUUGGCAGAGGCUGGACUUAUCUCAAGCAAGCUAUCAAGACGUGAUUUGCUUUCUUUUUCAGAUGAAGAAGACCAGAGUCCCUUCUAUUUCUCUCCUGACAGCCCAUUGUCACGGCAAGAUCUUGUGAGCUGGAAGAUGGCCCUAGAGAAAAGACAGCUCCCAGAAACUGACAAAAAGGUCCUGUACCAAGUUUCUGGUUUUAUAGACAUCGAUAACAUAAACCCUGAUGCAUGGCCUGCCCUUGUGGCUGAUGCAUCUGCAGGAGAACAGGGAAUAAUAGCACUUGCAUUUGGUUACACAAGACUGUUCCAACCCAAUAAGCCAGUCACAAAGGCUCAAGCUGCUAUUGCUCUUGCAACUGGUGAGUCAUCAGAUAUAGUUAGUGAGGAACUUGCACGCAUUGAAGCUGAAGCUAUGGCAGAAAAGGCUGUUGCUGAGCAUAGUGCAUUAGUGGAUCAAGUUGAGAAAGAACUAAAUGCUAGUUUUGAGAAGGAGCUUUCCUUAGAAAGAAAAAAGAUUGAUGCUAUGGAGAAAUUGGCUGAAGAAGCACGGCAGGAAUUGGAAAAGUUAAGAGCUGAGAGAGAUGAAGAUAAUAUUUCCUUAAUAAAAGAACGUGCUGCCAUUGAAUCAGAAAUGGAAGUUCUCUCAAGGUUAAGGAGUGAGGUGGAGGAGCAGUUGCAGAGCUUUAUGAGUAAUAAGGUGGAGAUAUCUUAUGAAAAGGAAAGGAUUAGCAAACUUCGGAAAGAAGCAGAAAGUGAAAACCAGGAGAUUGCCCGAUUACAAUAUGAGCUGGAGGUUGAGAGGAAAGCCUUGUCUAUGGCCAGGGCUUGGGCUGAGGAUGAGGCAAAAAGAGCCAGAGAACAAGCAAAAGCCCUGGAGGAGGCUAGAGAUCGCUGGGAGAAGCAUGGCAUCAAAGUUGUUGUUGACAAUGAGCUACGUGAAGAGGCCUCUGCUGAAGUGACAUGGCUCGAUACAGCAAAGCAGUUCUCAGUUGAUGGAACUGUCAGCAGGGCUGAGAAUUUGGUGGACAAACUCAAUGCAAUGGGAUCUGACCUAAGAGGCAAAUCUAAAGAUGUUAUUGAUAACAUUGUCCAGAAGAUAAUCCAUUUAAUAUCAAUUUUGAGGGAGUUGGCCUCAAAGGUAGGCACACAAGUCAGAGAGCUAAAAGAUGUUGCUGUUGUGAAAGCUGGUGGAUCGAUACAAGAGUUGCAGCAGAACACAGCAGAAUUCGGUUUGGUCAUCAAAGAAGGGACAAAACGAGUGGUGGGAGACUGCAGGGGAGGAGUAGAGAAACUCACCCAGAAGUUCAAGACAUAAACUCUCUCUUCCUCCCCCUUCUGUUUCUGGCCUCUAUCAUCGCCAAUCAUUUUUUGCAGGUUAUAGCUUUUGCUUAAGGAGAGUUGUAUUUCUUCACUACCCCGUUCUUGGUAAAUGUGAGUCUGGCUGUUACCCAGAAUAACAUCAAGAUAGAGAAGACAAUUACCCUUCUGAAAACCGAUGAAAUUUCCUCUUUAAAUAAUUGCCGUAAGAACACGUACCAUCAGGAGAAUAUGAUUUCCGUUGAUUCACAAUUAAAUUAGUCAUUCGGGCAACUUAUUUGGUCGGUCACAUUAACACCUUAUCAGGUGGCACCAUAAAGGUGAUUACGAUAUGUGAUAUGCUUGGACGGGCUCCGUUGUGCAUCCCCUGUUUGAUAUCAUUUCAUAAUCAGACGCUAUUUACGUUGUAAUGUUAACAAGGGCUGGAGCACACUGUUUUGUAGGUGGGAAUGAGAAAAGGAAAUUAAUAUUUUUGUUUUGA